ACUGCCAGGAACUGUUGCCGCCACCGCCGCCACCCCCCAUGGCCCACAUCCAGGGGCAGGGCGCCCCGGCCGCAGGGGCCGCCCCCAUGGGCUCCCAGUACUGCGUGUGCAAGGUGGAGCUGUCUGUGAGCGGCCAGAACCUGCUGGACCGGGACCUCACCUCCAAGUCCGACCCCUUCUGCGUCCUCUUCACCGAGAACAAUGGCCGGUGGAUUGAGUACGCCAGGACAGAAACCGCCAUCAACAACCUCAACCCCGCUUUCUCCAAGAAGUUCGUCCUCGACUACCACUUUGAGGAGGUGCAGAAGCUCAAGUUCGCCCUGUUCGACCAGGACAAGUCCAGCACACAGCUCGAUGAGCACGAUUUCCUGGGCCAGUUCUCCUGCAACCUGGGCGUGGUGACCUCCUCCCGCCUGCUCUCCCGGCUCCUGCUGGUGCUGAGUCGCCCCCCACCCCCCAUUCCUCUGGCCUCACAGAUCGCUGCCCAGGAGCUGUCAGACAACCGCGUCAUCACACUGAGUCUGGCGGGCAGGAAGCUGGACAAGAAGGACCUCUUCGGGAAGUCGGACCCAUUCCUCGAGUUCUAUAAGCCCGGGGAUGAUGGCAAGUGGAUGCUGGUCCACAGGACGGAGGUGAUCAAGUACACGCUGGACCCUGUGUGGAAACCGUUCACCGUGCCACUGGUGUCCCUGUGUGAUGGGGACCUGGAGAAGCCCAUCCAGGUCAUAUGCUACGACUAUGACAACGACGGGGGCCACGAUUUCAUCGGCGAGUUCCAGACCUCGGUGUCACAGAUGUGUGAUGCUCGCGAUGGCGUUCCGCUGGAGUUCGAGUGCAUCAACCCCAAGAAGCAGAGGAAAAAGAAGAACUAUAAAAACUCGGGCAUUAUUAUCCUGCGAUCCUGCAAGAUAAACCGGGACUACUCCUUCCUGGACUACAUCCUGGGAGGCUGCCAGCUCAUGUUCACCGUGGGGAUAGACUUCACAGCCUCCAACGGGAAUCCCCUCGACCCCUCCUCUCUGCACUACAUCAAUCCCAUGGGCAGCAACGAGUACCUGUCGGCCAUCUGGGCCGUGGGGCAGAUCAUUCAGGACUACGACAGUGAUAAGAUGUUUCCCGCUCUAGGGUUCGGGGCCCAGUUACCCCCAGACUGGAAGGUCUCCCAUGAGUUUGCCAUCAACUUCAACCCCACCAACCCCUUCUGCUCAGGCGUGGACGGCAUCGCCCAGGCAUACUCGGCCUGCCUGCCCCACAUCCGCUUCUACGGUCCCACCAACUUCUCUCCCAUCGUCAACCACGUGGCCCGGUUUGCGGCCCAGGCCACGCAGCAGCAGACAGCCACGCAAUACUUCAUCCUCCUCAUCAUCACGGACGGCGUCAUCAGUGACAUGGAGGAGACACGGCACGCUGUGGUGCAGGCUUCCAAGCUGCCCAUGUCCAUCAUCAUCGUGGGCGUGGGCAACGCCGACUUCGCUGCCAUGGAGUUCCUGGACGGGGACAGCCGCAGGCUGCGCUCCCACACUGGGGAGGAGGCGGCCCGAGACAUCGUGCAGUUCGUGCCCUUCCGAGAGUUCCGCAACGCAGCAAAAGAAACGUUGGCCAAAGCCGUGCUGGCGGAGCUGCCCCAGCAAGUUGUGCAGUAUUUCAAGCAUAAAAACCUGCCCCCCACCAGCUCGGAGCCCGCCUAAGCCGGCCCCCAGCAGCAGCAUGCGCCGGCCUCCCGCCCGCCCCAGGAACGUGCACGCUCGCCCUGCUUCCUUACUGGGGCUUUUUUUUUUUUUUAACCGAUCCACAUUUAUUUUUUACAAUCGGACCUCCACCCCCAUGUCCCCCAGCCCAGCUGGGCUUCCUUGGUUGGAGUCGACUGGUGAUGCUUCCAGGCCAAACCGGCCUCCUCUCCUCCUGUCCCCGCCACCCCUGAGUAUUGAAUGUACUUUGUAUAAUUUUUGUGGAAUUAUUACUGUUAUUAAAGAGAAUAAAAUUUUUACAAUCAUGACUA